AUGGGACUCAAUCCCAAAGGCCGCAACUGGGGAACCCUCGUCAAUUGGGACGACCUGGCCAAGUUCUAUGCUGGAUUCAUCCUCGCGUGGACCGUCAUUCUGUACGCGGGCGUGACCUGGCUGAUUUACAAUCGACAUCUGGCCUUCAUCAAGAUUCGCAACCUACCACUCGCCAUUGCCUCUGUCACGUCCCUUCAUAUCUACCUGAUCAAAAUCUUCCUUGCAUACACCACGAACGGCCAUUUCCCGUGUGCCGCCGAGUUUUGGAUCAUGAGCGUCUACCUACCGUGUGGGAUUGCUCUUUUCCAAGCCAAUCUGAUGCAACUGAAGAGCAUCAGUGAGCAACAAAAGGGCCUCUUGCUUGAAGAAGAAGGCGGCAGCAACCAAGAUGUGGAUGUGGCGCAUCCUUCGUUUGCCUCAAGGUGGUGGAGCCGUUGGACUCACCUACCUGGCGUGAAGAGAACGUACAUCUUGAUCGCGCUGGGAAUGACAGUGCAGUUGAUUGUCACGGGUAUCCUCUACGCUACUACGCCUACGCUGCAGGGUGACUGGGCGAGUUAUGGACACAUAUCUCAUGCAAAGGGACAAGCUUUAUGUCGAAAGUCUCAGCAAUGGAUCCCGUCGGCCUUCUGGCAGCUGGUGUGGGCUUGGGUGUAUGGACCGUAUCUCUUGUUCGGCGUCAGGAAUAUCACCGACACGCAUUCGUGGAAGUUGCAGGUCAUGUUGAGCGUGAUCUCAGGGCUUCCCGGCGCGCCGCUGUGGAUCGCGGCCGUGUUUUCGACGGCGUUCAAACCAGUGAAUAUUUGGUGGGUUCCUCCAAUGUGGCUAGCACCCGGCAUAAUCGUGAUGCAACUUACCACCGUCUUCUUUCCAGUGUAUGAGAUCUGGAAGAGCAGCUCGCAGAUGCGGACCACACGGGCCAUACUCAACCACUGGGAAGAGCAACGAGCAGGAGGUGGAGGUGGAGGUGGAGGCCGAGGCUGCGAGUCGAUAGAUCAGCAUCAUCUGGCGGCAUCAUCAUCGAUCAUAAGCAGUGGAGACACGUCGCUUAUGGCACCAUCGACAUCGACUGAAGCGCCUUCACGUCGACAUCGCCAGCUAUGUUCCAUGGCUUCACUGGAAAAGGCGUUGGCCGUGAACCCGUACCCGCUGUUGUACUUUGCAGCGACCAAGGAUUUCUCCGCCGAGCAUGUCCUGUUUCUCAUCCAGGUUCGCCGUUGGCGCCAGGCCUGCGAUGCUGCUCCACGCAUCGAGAACGAGAACGCGCUCACAACCAGCGCCCGAGCUCGGCUCUUCAGCUCUGCCGUGGAAAUAUACACGUCGCGAGUGAACCACAAGUCGACCGAAUGUCCCAUCAACAUCGAAGCCAAGAUCCGACGAGAUCUGGAUGCAAUCUUCAGCCCUGCCGUGCCGACCGGUCACUUGGUCGAGAAGAAUGAGAAGAUUGCAGUAGGCUUUACAUCCGAGUCUCAGUCUCAGUCUCACUUUCAGCCGCUGUCUCCCAUUCAACAGCACAUGCCACCGUCUACUCGUACUCGUCACACGGCCAGGUCUAAUUCAGAGGACACUUUGUUUGACGAGGCUGCCACGGCUGCCAUCGAAGGACCAUUCACAUUCACACACCCGUCGGCAAUGGCCGAAACACUUUUCAAACCACAUCCAGCCGUGUCGCCGCUGGGUGGGGCCAGAGCAAUCAUACGGCCGGGCUUUGACGAGCAUGUCUUUGAUGCGGCAGAGGCAAGUGUGAAGUAUUUGGUAUUGACCAAUACGUGGCAGAAGUUUGUUAAAUUCGGCGAACAUAAUACUUCUGGAUUAGUAUAG